AUGGCAGGCGAACCUGUGCGCCGCUCCGGCAGCACGGACAUCCGCAGCAACUACUCGCUUGACACGCGCGGCGACGACGAAGAUCUCGACGUGCGCGAUGCGACGGAGACGACCGGAUUGCUAGGCGCUGGCGCCGAGAGUGGUCACGGGGCCCCGGAGGUGGAAGGUGAUAGCCUCCCGCGGAAGGACAGCUGGGAGGGCUCCGCGGAUUUUGACGGCCUCCCGUGGUGGCGGCGGCCAUCUGCUGUUGAAAAGAUCUACUGGCUUGUGGGCCCAUAUGCGCUCUUCACUUUGGCGUAUGGAGGCUCCCUCGUCCCGAAACUUAAUCUAAUUAUUGACCUCAUCUGCAAGAAGUAUUUCAGAGAGCAGGCAUCUGUUGAUCCCAACUUCACCUUCUUGCCGGUCAUUGUAGGAGGUGACAACCCACAAUGUACCAUUCCAGCUGUGCAAAAGCACGUUGCAACCUUCAUGCUAGGCAUCAGUGUCAUCGUUGGCAUCCUGAGCGCAUUUACCGCUCCGAAGCUGGGCGCUCUCUCGGAUCGCUAUGGCAGAAAACGCCUGCUUGCCCUAACAUCAUUCGGCGGUCUCAUAGGCGAGGGCGUAAUGAUCCUGGCUGGCAUGUUCCCAGAAGUCAUCGACUACAGGUGGCUUAUAGUCGGAGCCAUCUUCGACGGCCUGUCGGGCUCCUUCACGGCGGGAAGCGUGCUAGGACACUCAUAUACCAGCGACUGCACGCCUCCUUCCAAGCGCGGCGUGGCUAUCGGCUAUCUGCACUCGUGCCUGUUCUCAGGUCUUGCAUUCGGCCCACUCCUCGCUGGCUACUUCGUCAAGUGGACGGGCUCGCUGUUGUCUAUUUUCUACGUAACGUUCGCGUGCCACGCCAUCUUCAUCCUGUUCAUCCUCUUCGUAUUGCCAGAAUCGCUGUCCAAGAAGCGGCAGCUUCUGGCCCGCGAGAAGCAUGCCUUGAAGCAAGACAGGAAGGACCAGAACAUGCAGGAGUGGGCUUCAUCCAUCGAAACCUCCGUCCCUGGACCAUUGCAGAAGAUCGCACCCGAAAUUACGAAGCUUUUCGCAACUAUUCGGCAUUCGCAUCCGUUCGAGCCCCUGAAGAUCCUCUUCCCCAAAGGACCAGGAGCCGGUCCUGUCCGCCGAAACUUGUGCCUUCUGGCGCUCAUCGAUAUGAUUAUUCUCGGCGCGGCCAUGAGCUCAGGACAGGUGACACUGCUGUACACUGAGUUCAUGUUCCACUGGGGCAAUUUCGAGACGUCCGCCUUCAUGUCCUUGAUCUCCAUGGUGCGCGUUUUCGUUCUCAUGGGCAUCCUACCCAUCCUCAACUACUUCUUCCGGGUCCGACCUCAGGCUCGCCGGCGCCGGGAAUCCGGUUUCAUCGUCGAGAAGAACGCAGGAGCCGACCAGCUCGACUGCUGGGUGCUUCGCGUCGCCAUCGUGUCCGACGUCGUCGGAAUCUGCGGCUACACCCUUGCGCGGAGUCCUCCUGUCUUUGUUCUCUGCGGUAUUGUAACGGCCUUUGGAGGACUGGGCUCAGCGACAAUUCAGGCCGCUCUGUCCAAGCACGUCUCCUCCGAACGAGUUGGCGAGCUGCUCGGCGCUAUCGGACUGCUGCAUGCGCUGUCUAGAAUUAUAGCGCCUGUCAUAUUCAACGGACUCUAUGCAGCAACAGUGGAGAGCUUUCCGCAGGCGAUCUUCGUUUUGAUGACUGCGUUGUUCGUCGUUGUUCUUGUACUGUCGAUGUUCAUCAGACCUCAUUUAUAUCUAGCAGAGACAGAGGAGGGACCCAUCCCUGUUCGAAGGGCCGUAUCGCGUCACCAGAGUGAGGAGUCCGUUCUUACCGAAGAGGAAGUCGUCCCGCGGAUUUAG